UGGCCGCUCACCAUCGGCAAUCACCGACAAACACGCCAGUGCACGCUGCAUCUUUGAUUUGUUUGUUUCUCGUAGUAGUUAUGUGAAGCGAAUGUGAUUUUGUGACAAACUUUGGAUUGCUCUGGUACCUAAUAUUUUUUUAUAUUGAAGAUGAAGCGCCUAUUGCUAUUGCUGUCGACUUGCUACGUGGCCAGCUGCAUGCCUCCCCCGCACCCCGCAGUGCUGCAAGUGCGCCAUGAGGAGAACCAGCUCCCGAGCCAUCUGAGGAGCCCCGCGCUACAUAACCCGCAUCUCCGGGAAGUGCUGCCAUUGGCCAGUCUGCUGCAUCAAGGGGAAAAAUUGGUCCACCACAGAGAAGCAGAUGACGUGGGCCGCCGUCAGAUAUACAACCUGCUGACCCACGCUGGGUUGAUUCCACGGAGACUGUUCCACCAGCCCUCGCUGCAGCAUUACGCUCCGAAUUAUCAACACCAGAAUUUCUUCGACCCACCCGCCUUGACCAGUCCAGAGAUAUUACAGCAUUUGUAGGUUAAUUAUCGUUUGUGAUAACUAAUUACUUCUCAAUACUGGUCUCAAAGGAUGUGAAAAAUACAUUGACAUGUUACAUGCUUCUUUGCGAUUACCAUGGAAAUUAUGUAAAUAUUUACGUAUUAUAUUUAGUAAUUCUAAGUAGGUACUUAGUUGAUGAGCUUCCAGCUCUCAUUAGGUAUAGGAAUACUUAGCUCAGGCCCUAAGGACACUUAGAAUUAAAUGUGAAAUCUAGUAUAAGUAUUUUCUUCGUGAAUAUGAAGUCUGACAGUUUUGUAAUUAAAUUUUAUUUUAAUUCUUAUUAUAACAAAUAUUUUGAAUUUGAAAUAUUUGAUAUGUUAUAAAUAGAAGGCUUGUACAGUCCAUCGCAUAUAACCUAUGCAAAUUCAUUGUAAAGUAGUCGCUAUUAUCAACACAGAGGCCCAUGCCAUAGUAUAGGCCUCCGCUGACUGUACAUAAAUAAAGUGCAAUAUCGUUUUCUAUUUCUCUAUCGAAUUGGAUUCUAUAGACUAGUUAAAUCUAUUUACUGAAUAUUUGUGAAUAAAUAUUGUAUACUUUAUUAUGUAACAAUCGAUAUGACUGUUAUAAUUAUAUUAUAAACAAAUUGUUUUGCAUUUCAUGCAAAAUAAAAUAUUACUUACUAGUAAGUCAUGAAAGAUAAUAAAUUUUGUAAUGUUCCUCGUUGUUGUAACUAGAACCUCACUGUUUGAACAGUACAAA